AUGAAACCAACGCUAGAGAAAGAUCCCACUCAGCAUCCGCAUACGCGACCACCUGCACGCGACGUGGCUAUUCCUUUCGGGUUUGGUGUCUUGCGUACACGAGCAGAUAGAUAUGAAGUCCGUCAUAAGGUGGCAAUCCCUUAUCACCUUCAGACAAGUGGACAGGUUGAGAUAUCAAAUAGAGAACUUAAGAGAAUUUUAGAAAAGACCAUCAGUACUUCAAGAAAGGACUGGGCAAGGAAGCUUGAUGAUGCUCUCUGGGUAUACUGGAUGGCAUUUAAGACUCCUAUUGGUGUGUCCCCCUAUCAGUUGGUUUAUGGUAAGGCCUGUCACUUGCCAGCAGAGUUGGAGCACGGAGCAUAUUGGGCAACAAAUUUCCUAAACUUUGAUGCCAAGGCUGCUGGAGAAAAGAGGUUGCUCCAACUGAAUGAGCUUGAAGAGUUUGGAUAUUCAGCUUAUGAGAAUGCCAAGCUCUACAAAUAA